AUGCUCAAGUUCUAUGCUCGUUUCGAGAUCAGUGAGGAGACUGGCAAUCCCUUGACGGAUCACGACAUGACGGAAUUGCAUUACACUAAAAUUACGUCUCUGCAGAAUGCGGUUUUCGCGAAAUUUCCGGAUCUAAGAAGUUUUGCAUUGGCCAACGUAGCCAGUGUCAACAUCAGAGAUGCUUUGUACAAACAUUUCGGCUCACUCAGUCAAGAAAAAUUGAGGUCUAUCGCGAGUUAUUUGAAUUUAGUACCGCCUACGGAGCGAGAAAAGGACGAGAAUUGGUAUCGUCUGGAUAUAGACUUUUUGCGUGAAUUGCUGAUAUCGCGACACGAGCGUAGGCCAUCGCAGCUUGAAGAGCUGAAUGAGAUGCCUCUUUACCCAACCGAGGGCAUCAUAUGGAACGAGAGUAUCGUCCCGACCGAAUAUUUUUCUGGCGAGGGCUGUCUGGCUCUGCCAAAAUUAAACUUGCAGUUCCUUACACUGCACGAUUAUCUUCUACGAAACUUCAAUCUAUUCCGUUUAGAAUCUACAUAUGAGAUACGACAAGACAUCGAGGACGCCGUGAGCAGACUAAGUCCUUGGCGGGCAGAGGACGGUGGUGUCUACUUCGGUGGAUGGGCCAGAAUGGCACAACCUAUCACGCAAUUUGCGGUGGUCGAGGUAGCUAAGCCUAACGUCGGCGAGAACAGACCAUCAAGAGUUCGUGCCGACGUAACGAUAAAUCUUAGCGUUCGUAAGGAGAUUAAAUCAGAAUGGGAAAAUCUUCGUAAGCACGAUGUGUGCUUUCUUAUCACUGUUAAGCCGCCGAAUCCUAUCGGCACUAAAUACAGCCAUAAACUCCCCUUUGUGCCACAAGUGGGUCUAACGACGGUGCGCGGAUGCGAAGUCGAGGGUAUGCUCGAUUCGAACGGUAGAGUGAUAGAGGAUGGCCCUGAACCGAGGCCGAUUUUACCAGGCGAUUCGCGCACUUACAGAGUAUGGCUGGACUGUAAUCAAUAUCGAAUCGAUAUGGACAACGCUAGUCAUGGCGGUGAAGACGUGUACGAGGGAUUUAAUAUCAUAAUGAGGCGUAAACCUAAGGAGAACAACUUCAAAGCUGUGUUAGAGACUAUAAGGGAGCUUAUGAAUACUGAAUGCGUUGUGCCCGAUUGGUUGCACGACAUAAUCCUCGGAUACGGCGAUCCGGGUGCAGCAUGCUAUUCUAGAAUGCCAGAUGAAAUCGCAAUGAUAGACUUCAACGAUACGUUCCUCGAUAUCGACCAUCUACGGGCCAGUUUUCCUCAGUACGAGAUCAAAACGAAUCCGGAGGACGAAGGAAAUCUGGUGCGGCCGUUUCAGUUAACUUUUGAGGAUGUCCUUGCAAAACACAACAAUGAUCCGAUCAAGAAGGUUAUUACAAUUAAACCACACGUGCCGCCCAGUAGAGGUCCAUACAGAGCGAACGAACCGAAAAAAAAUCAGAUUCCCUUUACGCCGACGCAAGUUGAAGCUAUACGAGCUGGAAUGCAGCCAGGUUUGACGCUGGUCGUCGGCCCGCCUGGUACCGGCAAAACGGAUGUCGCUGUACAGAUCAUAUCGAAUCUAUAUCAUAAUUUUCCCUAUCAGAGAACGUUGAUCGUGACACACUCCAAUCAAGCGCUCAAUCAAUUGUUCGAGAAAAUAAUGGCCCUUGAUAUCGACGAACGGCAUUUACUGCGUCUUGGUCACGGAGAGGAGGCUUUGGAGACGGAAAAGGAUUUUAGUCGCUAUGGUAGAGUCAAUUACGUUCUUGCCAAACGUUUGGAUUUGCUCUUGGAAGUUCAGAGAUUACAGGAAUCUUUGAAUGUAAAGGGCGAUGUCGCGUAUACAUGCGAAACAGCGGGUUACUUCUUCAUGUAUCAAGUAUCCACGAGAUGGAAUCGUUUUCAGACCAGAGUUAAACAAAGGCAGCACACAAGUGAAAAAUCCGAUUUAUCUUCUAUAAUUGAUGAGGAAUUUCCCUUCCACAAAUUCUUCGACAACGCCCCGCAACCACUUUUCAAGCGAAAUUCAUACGAGGAAGACCUCAAGAUUGCGUGCAGUUGUUUUAGAUAUAUUGAGAGGAUAUUCACGCAAUUGGAUGAAUUCCGCGCUUUUGAAUUACUGCGAUCGGGACUCGAUAGAUCGAAGUACUUACUCGUGAAGGAGGCCAAAGUAAUUGCUAUGACCUGUACACACGCAGCGCUUAAACGUCGCGAACUGGUCGACAUGGGUUUUAAAUAUGACAAUAUCCUCAUGGAGGAGUCCGCACAGAUUUUGGAAAUAGAGACUUUCAUACCGUUGCUAUUACAGAAUCCCCAGGACGGAUAUAAUCGCUUAAAACGUUGGAUAAUGAUAGGAGAUCAUCAUCAGUUGCCACCGGUCAUCAAAAACAUGGCCUUUCAGAAAUAUUCGAACAUGGAACAAUCGCUGUUCGCGAGAUUCGUAAGACUGGGCGUACCCACUGUCGAUCUCGACGGCCAAGGUCGUGCUAGACCCAGUAUUUGCAAUCUCUACAACUGGAGGUAUAAGAAACUGGGUAAUCUGACGCACGUAGAACGAAGUCCCGAGUAUCUGGUAGCGAACGCCGGUUUUCUAUAUGACUUCCAACUAGUGAACGUCGAGGACUUCAACGGCGUUGGCGAGAGCGAGCCUAGCGCCUAUUUCUAUCAGAAUCUCGCUGAAGCCGAAUAUUGCGUCGCGGUAUUCAUGUACAUGCGCCUGCUAGGAUAUCCGGCGGACAAGAUCAGUAUUCUGACCACGUACAAUGGACAAAAACAUCUAAUAAGGGAUGUAAUAAACAUUCGGUGCGCGAAUAAUCCUCUGAUAGGCCGACCGAACAAAGUAACAACGGUCGACAAAUACCAGGGUCAGCAAAAUGAUUACAUUUUGCUGUCUCUGGUCAAGACGCGCGCAGUUGGUCACUUGAGAGACGCGAGACGUCUAGUUGUGGCGAUGUCGCGUGCUCGUCUCGGUCUCUAUGUCUUCGCUCGCGUGUCCCUCUUCAAGAACUGCUUCGAACUGACACCAGCGUUCAACCAAUUGAUGCAGAAACCGUUGAAACUACAACUACUGCCGCAGGAACUCUAUCCCACCGAGCGACCGAACGACGCUGUGUCCUCGAUUGUCCCGAUGGAGAUCGAGGAUAUGCCGCACAUGGCUAAGUUUGUUUACGAUUACUAUAUGGAAAAAGUCAGUGGAAUGAAGGAGUCGCAAAAGAUGUGGCAGAAACCGGGGACCAUGCGGACAAUGGGUAGUCCGACGCAUAAGGUUUCUGUUCAUCCAGGUGCCGAUGACGAUACUGACGACGAAGAAGAACUCAAUCAAGAUAGCACUGAAAUGAAAGAAUCCAAGGAAGAAGUAGCGGCGAACAAAUACGAACCUAUAAAGAAUUUGGUCGAAGAUCCUCCAAGCGAGACCGAAGAUGACCGCUAAGUGACUCUAUGAUGUGUAUGCAUAAGACUGGUACAAAACAUUAGGAAAUUAACAUUUCGGAAGUGAAAUAAUCAAUUUUAGCACAAAAAUAAGAUAGCUACUCGCUACAGUUAUCGUAAACAACAUUCGU